AUGCUUAGAGAGAUUUACGGACAGGGGAUUCCUGAUGCAACAGCGAUUUACUAUUACCGCUGGUCACGGGACCCGUUUACCCAAGGUUCAUAUUCAGAACCUGUUGUGGGCUUUACUUCCGAGGAUUUUAACAAGCUUGGACAGAUCCUGGGGCGACUCUACUUUGCUGGCGAAGCGACGAGCGAGGAUUGGUAUGGUUUCAUACAAGGAGCCUACUUUACAGGAGAAGAGAAAGGGAAACUGAUCGCGUGUCAAAUUCUCUCAAGUGACAGUGAAUGUAAAGCUCCAGAAAAGGAAAAGCCGAAAAGCAAAGCAACAGACGAAGAAGGCAAUGAUAUCACUGAUUUUUCAGUUUAUGACGAAUAUCUUGACAAAGUAGACAGACACGUUGAAGAAUACCUGGAAGCAAGGAAAGAAACAGAAUUGCCAGAUAUUCCAGCUCGUGUUGGUCUCCAGUUAAUGGGAUGCAAAACUGAAAAACAACCGAUCAGGAAAGUAGUUGAAUACUUCAACUUUGAUUUCGAGUAUGGAAAGCGCCCAGAACUGACGUCUUUCUUCCAGCUGUCUGAGGGAGGAGAUGAAUUCUUUGUCUCUGACCAGCGCGGGUUUUGGUCAAUGUUUGAAGAUAUCUAUCAACCCUUGACCGACCGAAUUUUAUUGGGCAUAACCGUGACAGAAAUCAAGUAUUCUGACACAUCAUUUGAAGUUACCACAUCCAAUGGCGACAAAGUUAUCGCAGAUUACGCUCUGUGUACAUUCAGUACUGGAGUGCGACAUAGUGACUUUUAA